UAUGCAAGUCUAAGAGUCAGAAGUUUAUAAAAGAAUCAAACUAUUAGGAUCAGGAGCUUAUGGAAAGGCAUAUCUGGCUGAAAGCAUUAGAGAUGAAUAAUUAUGUGUCAUUAAAUAGAUUGACGUGUCUUUCAUGAAGUAGGAUGAAAUUACAGUAAGUUUAUACCCUUUAUUCUUAUAGCAAGCAUAUAGAGAGGCUAAAAUAAUGUCGACAUUAAAACAUCCAAAUAUAAUAAAUUUUAGAGAGGUAUAUAAAACUAAGAAGGGAAAACUGUGUAUAGUAAUGGAUUAUGCUGAUGGUGGAGAUUUGUCUUAAAAGAUUAAAUAAACUCAAGGUUCUUUGUCAGAAUGUUAAGUGCUUGAUUGGUUCACUUAAUUAAGUUUGGCUGUGAAGUAUUGUCAUGAUCGAAAGAUUCUUCAUAGAGAUAUAAAGACUUCCAAUGUGUUUUUAACAAAAGAAGGAAUGGUUAAACUUGGAGAUUUUGGAAUUGCUAAGAUUUUAUCAACAACUAGUCCAUGUGCAAAAUCAGUUAUUGGUACUCCAUAUUAUAUGGCACCAGAGAUGUUUGAGAAUUAACCAUAUGGAUUUAAAUAAGAUAUUUGGUGUUUAGGAGUAGUACUUUAUGAAAUGUGUAAUAAAAGACCACCAUUUGAAGGCGAAAAUAUAGCAUAAUUAGCAUUAAAAGUUGUUAGAUGUGAAAUAACACCAACCUUAGAAUGUUAUUCAAUCAAAUUAAGAAAGUAUUAUAAUUAAAUCACAUCUAGUACAGUCUACUAGGAAAACUUCUCUCAUGUAAAGAACAUCGAAGACCAGCUAUUAAUGAAAUAUUAAGAGAAUAAUUAAUAAGAGAUAGAAUUAAAUCAUUUCUUAGUGAAACUCUAUAAAAAGAAUAGUAAUAAAAAAUUGAACAAGAAACUAAAGCUAAAAAAUCUAUACAAUAAUUACCUUAAUUAAAAAAAAGAGUUAUUUCUCCAAAAUAAAGAGCCAGUCCAAGCGUUCAUAAAUUACCUGAAAUUAAACGAACUAUUGAUACUCCUGAUUUUAGUAGAAGAGUUAAAUUAAAAUAAAAUCAAUCAGUUUUUCCUAUUUAAUCACCUAAAAAAAAGAAUUUAUUGUCAGAAGGUCCCGAAACUCCUAAUAAAAUGAUGAAAUCACCAUCAUUAAAUUUAAGAAUUUAAAGUGGUAAAAUAUUAACAGAUAAGAAUCUUUAAUUAAAGAAAUAAAUUAAAUCAUUUAAUCGGUAAUAGAGUGGCAGAUAAAUUGUUAAUCAUUAAAGUAAUAUAUUUUUUAGUCCCAAAAAAAAAUAUUAAGAAGAAGAGGAAAAAGUAUUAGAUCCUAUAGAAGAAGCUGAUAGUACUCCUUUAACUUUAACAAAAUCUAAUAUUGAAUUUCAAGAUUUUAAUAAUUCUAUUGAAGAGAGACGCAAAAAAAAUAAAAUAAUUUAUAAAGAUCCUUUUAAAAAAGAUGAUGAAAUGAGUUAAAUGAUAUCUCAAUUAUAAGAAAUUGUAGAAGAUGAUAUUGAUAAUCCACCAAUUAAUGAUUAAAUCAAAGUAUAUAUUUAAUAUUUAUUAAUUUUAGAAUCUCAAAGCAAGGUUAAUUUAAAAAUUAGGCAAACAUUUUGAUGAAGUCUUUAAGUAAUGUUUGUUAGCAUUUAAAAAGAAUGGUGAUCUAGGUUAAAGUGAAAUGAUUACCAUUUUAUAACAAAGAUUCUCAGGUGUCUCUACAAAAAAGGUUUCUGGUAUUGCCACUCUUAUUAUCACACUUAUUAUUUAAACACAAGGAGAAACUAUUAAUAAUGAAUUUUGA